UACACUAUGAUGUAGGUCUAAUUUUUGAUUAUUCAUCGGGGUACAAAUUAGGUAGUCGGCGCAUUAUUACUUCCUCAUUUGGUGAAGACUCCGGAUUCUUAAAAGGAAAUAUCUGGAUUAGAUCUUGGCAGGCCCAAUUGAUCUUUUGGAUUUAAUGGGCUAGCGCUUGUCAGCGCCCGGUACUGCUCAACAGCACUGCUUUGCUCUUUCUUCAUUCUCUUCUUCCAUGGCUCAAACGAAAUCGCAUUCUCGGUCUUCUCUCGACAGGUUCUCUCCAGUUAACUUGAAGCCCGUACAAGACGAUGCCUGGUCAAACAUAUUCAAACCACCUCCCAACGAGACCGCCGAAGAGAAACGAGAGCGUAUCGCCCGCCAGCAGGAAGCUCAGCGUGUCUCUCGGGAAAUAGACGAAGGUAUCCUGGAGUCAAAAAAGUUGCUCGAUAAGAAGAAGAAAGCUAUCAAGGUCUUACUACUAGGACAAGCCGAGUCCGGGAAAUCAACAAUGUUACGAAAUUUCCAGCUCGCGUUUUGUCCGACUUACUUCCAUGGCGAAGCACUCAUAUGGAAGACCAUCAUACAACUUAACCUCAUUGGUUCUGUCAAAAAACUUCUCUCGAUCGUCGAGGAUGAGCUAGAGAUAUCAGGUCCACGUUCUCGGUCCCCUACCGGAUCUACAUCAUCAUCACUUUCUGAUAACCACCGGCGUACACGAAUGCGCCUUCUUCCCCUGUUGUCAAUGGAGACAAAUCUCACGCGACAAUUGCUCCCUGAACACUACGACCCCUUAAGAACGCCUGAGAUAUGCGUGCGGGCUGGUAGCGGAUGGAAAACCGUUUUGGAGAAAGUUACAUUAGAACGACGGGCCCUUCCCACUGGUCAGCGUCGCCCAAUGACGAAUGAUGGACGAAGCAAGGAUGAUCCGACUUUGGUGCUUGCUGCGUCCAAGAAUGAUAUCAUUUCCUUGUGGGAAGAUGAGAGCGUCCGGGAAGUACUCAGGCGACGUGGGGUUCGACUAGAAGAUUCUCCUGGUUUUUUUCUGAACGACACGGCAAGAAUCGCAACGGUGGACUACGAGCCUACGGAAGAGCAUAUCGUCCGUGCUAGAUUACGAACAUUUGGUGUAGAGGAACAUCGCUUCCUACAAGAAUCUAAUGGUUCGGAGUGGUACAUUUACGAUGUUGGUGGCAGCAGAUGUAUGCGACCCCAGUGGGUGCCAUACUUUGAUGACGUUCAAGCUAUCAUCUUCCUUGCGCCCCUGUCAUUCAACCAAGUUCUCGAGGAAGACCGACAGGUCAACCGACUAGAGGACUCAAUAUACCUCUGGAAAGAAGUUUGCGCGAAUCCUCUCCUCGCGCGUGCGAACAUCAUCCUGUUUCUCAACAAAAUGGACAUUCUACAGAAAACUCUCGCGGCGGGGAUCAAAGUGGCAACCUACGUGCCAAGUUUUGGAAGCACACCCAACGACGUGGAAAAUGUAACGAAAUACUUUAAGGAGAAGUUCCGAGCUUAUCAUAAACGACUGUCCCCGAGACCUCGGACGUUCUUCUGUCAUGAGACCUCUGCCAUUGAUACCAAAGCGACGCAGGCUGUAUUGGCCGGGGUCCGUGAUGGCAUUUUGCGCCACCAUCUUGAGGAGCUCAAUGUCAUCUGACCAUUAUCUGCGCCCACGCUCCUUUGUGAACGCCUUAUCCCUUAUCAUUUGUGUUGUGACUGUGCUGUGUUGUCAUCUGAGCAGAUUAUAUUAUUAUUUAUAUCUACCACUCUAUUUUCUCUUGUCUUUUUUAACUUAACCACUGUUGUUACUGGGUAAUUAUAAUAGGGCGACAUAGAUUUAUCGGUGUGCGAAAUACAAGUCAUCUCCGGAUUAUCCACUGCAGGUCACUGGUGUC